AUGCCUGUGGUUAUACGCAUGGAGAUGUGGUCAUACAAAACAUUACACAAAGAAAUGGUCAAGCAAUUAUUUAGGACUACAUCGAUUUGUGUCGAAUCAUUGGAGUUAUUAAUAGAUAAAUUGGAUGGAGAAUUGAAAUCAUUUGUUGCAAUUAUCGAGAAUGCGAUUCAAAAACAAGAGCCCGAAUAUGGUAUCCAGAGUUGUGACAUGUAUCCAGGAAAAAGUGUUUUCUUUGGAAUUGUAUUUCAAAUAUGUAUUAACAAAGCAUUUGUAUAUCUUGACUUUAUUGUUAACUCCAUACUCCAUCAAGUUAAGCCAUCAAAAAUAGCGAAAUGGAAAUCGAAAAUUUGA